UAAUUAUGGUUAGGGCGAGCGGUUUCCUGAUGUACUUGCGUCUGUCUUCUAUUCAUUACUGAUCUAAAUGGGAUAAUCUGGUCUGCUUCUAUUGCUGCAGAGCCGUCGCAUUCACGAUUCACGAGCCUGCACUGCAACACUGAAUUGAAUUAAUUUGCUUCCCCAACUGAGGUGGCAAGUGGUUGAAAAGAUCUGAGCAGAGAGCGAGCUUGGAAGUGUACAUGAAUUAAUGUGUUUGUCGGAAGUAGGAUGGAAGUGACAGGACAAGGGUGAGUGGGACUAAAGGGUAGUGUGUGUACGGUAGCAAGUAUAAAAGAAGAGGGAAGAGUUAUGGAAGAGAGAUCAUAGAGAACGAACGCGAGUGUUUGAGGGAGAGUGAAUGAGGGAGAGAGAGAGGGAAGGGGGAGGUUUCCUAAGUGCUUGAGCAUCAGUGACUGAUAGAGGACAACACUACAAGAGAGGUGUUGAGCAUGCAUCCGUCUCUAGUGUUAUCUGAGCGUGCUCAGAUGGGGUAGGAGAUACGCUGCACGGUACGAGGGCACAGUGGGAAAAGCCUGGCAACUCUGCGGAAGCUUUUUAUAGACAUAUGGAGCAGCAAUAAGUCCAAACGGCAUCAAUUCUGGACCAAAGCCACAAAAGCCAAGAGAAGACAAGCUAUACUGAAAUUCUGGUGUGGGUUAGCUGAACAGGAUGUCUGGAACUCUCUUUGUCUCUGGGUGAUGGUUCUUCAUAGCAGUAUCUGUCAGGAUUGCCUCGGAGAGAAGCAAUUUUUGGCUACGUCCUCCCAGGUGUCACAUCGGAUGUGUUCUUUUUUCUGCCAGCUUGAUUGGCAAUGUGGCUUUUUCCUACUAUUCUCAGUGCACUUUCUGGAUACAUAUAUUCUUCACAUCAAAUUCUGAUGGCUCCUACUCUGAAGGCUUUCUCAUCAAGGGGAACGCACUGUAUGGAAUAUGUUUUUAAAAAAGUGGAGUUGCUACAGAGGAUGCAUAUGUAGAUGUGGAGAACCGGUAAAAAGAUUGGCAGAUAUCCCACAUAAGCUGGUAGACUGACUUUUCUCAAAAUAGAAGCUCAAAAGAGUGUUUUAUUUAUUUGCUAGCUGUCUUAAGAACAAAGCUUCUUUCAUGCCAAAAAUGAUACCAUUUGAUUUAAUUUUCACAUCAUACGGAAAAGAUCAAAGCUUUGCUGAGAACUGUUUGUUUCAGUGCUGAAACUUUUCCAAUUUUCUUGAUGCCCUCUUUCUUUUUGAAAGUUUUCCUUUUAAAUUUACAGAGAGAUACUAGAUGUUCCUGGACUGAUUUCAAAGUUUCCUAACAUCAGCAAAACAACCAUGCUACGAUGUUUGGACCAGAGAAUGGGUCUUUCUUUCAGAUAAGGCCAAACAACACUGUGGUGGGUUUCGACAUGAAGCCCAGUGUCCUGUCCCCUCCUGGCUGCUGCUGCUGUCGUCCCCAUGUGAAGGAUGUUUCACAGCACAGCGCUAGGACCAUUUGAACCGAGCCAGAGCCCUGACCGGAGAGCAGAGAUCCGCAGGCACAUUAAGAUGGUCAUGGAACAGCUGGAGGAAGUUCUUGCUGAGCUCAAGGACGUGGCAAAAGAGCUCCGGGAGGUUGUGGCACAAAUUGACAGGUUAACAUCAGAUAUCGACCUCGACUCAGACGAUGACCUGACACUAGUGUGUUGCAGCGAGGACCUUGGUGACCUCUUGCACAAUGAGACAUUAUCUGACAACCACUUACUACACAACCCUCUGCUAGACACGGUCCGUAACCCAACCACAGCCAAGAAACAAGAAUUGGAGCUCUACCGCAGGAGCUGUGGAGACCUCAAUGCACCAAAAAACCCACAAAAAGCCCCAAACAGCCCUAAAGCCUCGUGGCUCUUUGGAUCUGGAGGACGGCUCCAUUACUACGACAAGACGCUAUAUCACGCGUUGUGCUGCGACGAUGAUUAUUACGACGAAGAUAGAGGUGGAAUGAGAUCAUCGAGGCUGUCGUCCAGCGAUUCUGUGUUUUCAUCUUCACCUCCGAGGUUUCUGACGCCCAGAUGUAACCGUAAAACAUACGCCAGCCCGGACUCGAAGAAAAUAGCUCUCCGUAGCUGCAGUACGCAAACUGUUUCCGAUAAAAGCACACAAACGCCCUUCCCAUACAUUCCAGCCAAGCAAAGAGCUUCAAGUGACUACAAGAACUAAAACUUUCCGCAAGCGUCCCAAAAACUUGGAUAGUUAACCCAAAAUGAAACAUCUGUCAUUAAUAUUUCACCCUCCUGCUGCUCUGAAACCAUACGACUUUCCUUCUUCUGUGGUGAUGCAGAAGGUGCAUUUUUUUCUCUCUCGAUAUAAUAGAAGUGAAAAAGAACAGGGUAUGAGAAGCUGCAAAGCAAGAAAAAACAACAACAACAGCAACAACAACAUAAAGAUACUCCAUAUAACUCAUUAACUAUAUUUAACAUAUUCUGAAUGUAUACCACUGGUUAAAAGUUAGGAAUAAUUAAGACUGUUUAAUGUUUUUCAGUGAAGUCUCUUCUGCACCAAUGAUGCAUUUGAUGUAAAAUACAGUAAGUUGUUAGAAAAAAAAGUUUAAUAUUAUUAAAAAGUUAAGAGAAAUGUUUUCUGUUUGAAUAUAUUUUAAAAAGUAAUUUAUUUCUGUGAUGUUAAGCUGAAUUUUCAGCAUCAUUACUUCUAACGUGCUGAUUUGCUUCUCAGUUAUUAGGUCUCACUGGUGCUCGAGUAUUAAUAAUGGUUCAUUGUACAGUUGCACUGCUUAUUGUUUUCGUGAGAAUGGAUUUUUCAGGAUUCUUUGAUGAAUUAAAAAGUUCACCAGAACAGCAUUUACAUUUAUUUGAAAUAGAAAUCUGUCAUAACAAUAUAAAUGUCUAUACUGUUACUUAUAAUGAAUUUAAUGCAU